CUGAAACGGACUGACGGGUAAUUUCGAUUGAUUAUUUAUUAUUAUUAUUUUUUAAUAUUUCUAUUUAUUAUUCUUUAUUUUUUAUAUUCAUUAUUAUUCAAUGCUCUCUUUGUCACUUGUCAUGACAUCGCUCAUUCAUUUUAGUCUUUGUUUUUUUUGUUUUUAGGAAAAGAACAUGAAGCAGAACAUCAGCAGGAACUCCUCAUGGGGUCCGUGGCGUGGCCGCCGGGACAACGUGACUUACGUGGACUUCUACCUCCACCGGGCGUCGGUGGCGGCCGUGUUCGCCGCAUCCUACCUGCUGAUCUUCCUGCUGUGCAUGUUGGGAAACGCCCUGGUUUGUUUCAUGGUGCUUCGGCGCAGGAGCAUGCGAACCGUCACCAACUUGUUCAUCCUCAACUUGGCUGUCAGUGAUUUGCUGGUGGGCAUCUUCUGCAUGCCCACCACGCUGGUGGACAACAUCAUUACAGGAUGGCCUUUUGGGAACUUCAUGUGCAAAGUAAGCGGCACGGUCCAGGGAAUCUCCGUGUCGGCGUCCGUCUUCACGCUGGUGGCCAUCGCCGUCGACCGGUUCCGCUGCAUCGUUUACCCUUUCAAGCAGAAACUGACCAUCGCCACGUCCAAGCUGAUCAUCACCGUCAUCUGGGUGCUGGCGGCAACCAUCUCGUGCCCGUCGGGCCUUAUGCUGCACGUGGUCCACGAGCCCAGCGUGCGUAUCGUCCUGCGGCAACGCCAGGACAGCCGCCCCUUCUACUGGUGCCGCGAGAACUGGCCCAGUCCGGACAUGCGCAAAGUCUACACCACCGUGCUCUUCGUCAACAUCUACUUGGCCCCGCUCACCCUCAUCGUCAUCAUGUACGCCCGCAUCGGAGUGGCGCUCUUCAAGAGCGACGCGGCGGGGGCGUCUCUGAGGAGGGACGGGCCGGGACCCGGCACGGAGCUCCGGCAGAGCGUCUCCAGGAAGAAGAAGCGAGUGGUGGUCAUGCUCCUGGUGGUGGCGCUGCUCUUCGCCCUGUCCUGGCUGCCGCUGUGGUCGCUGAUGAUGCUGAGCGACUACGGCAGCCUGAGCGAGGACCAGCACCGCGUGGUCAACAUCUACCUGUACCCACUGGCUCACUGGCUGGCCUUCUUCAACAGCAGCGUCAACCCCAUCAUCUACGGCUUCUUCAACGAGAACUUCCGCCGAGGCUUCCAGGCCGCCUUUCGAUUCCAGCUGUGCGCCGUCGUCACCGAGCACCAGAGGAGCUUUUCCCCUCGCGUCCGUGCCAACGGCGUCCCCCCGAUACGGCUCGCUUCUAUGGGGGGGAUCGAGCCCGGCGGGAGGGGCCGGGAGGCCUCGAGAGACCACGUAGGAGACCAGUACGUGACCGGGGAGGCUCGCUAGGUUUCCUAGACCAAAGACACGGUCCUGAAAGCAAAGUCUUUUUUAAUUGCAGUGUCGAGUAAGUUCAUCGCCGUUAGUUGCCAGCCCAUGGUUAGCUUGUUAAAAUGGAUUGCUGGCGCCUUAUUUGGAUUGUGCUCAACCAAAGAAUAAAUUGGAUUCCAACCACCCA